AUGAAUUUCACACUUUACACUAUUCACGCCAUUUUAAUUUUAGAUUCAUCAGGAGAACGUAUUUUUGCAAAGUAUUGUCAACCUCCUCAUUCUGUUUUUCAAACAGGAACAGCUCGUUCAAAUUUAUAUUCAACAGUUAAGAACCAGAAAGCUUUUGAAAAAGGUCUUUGGGAGAAGACUAAGAAGACAAAUAAUGAGAUUAUUUUAUAUGAAAAUUAUAUGGUGGUUUAUAAAACAUCGAUCGAUAUUACAAUGUAUAUUGUGGGUGGACAAGACGAAAAUGAAUUGAUGUUAUAUGAGUUGUUAACAACACUUAAGGAAACAUUAGAGAUUCUUUUAAAAAUGUUGAUUGAUAAGCAUGCAUUGUUGGAAAAUUAUGAUUUACUUUCACUUGUAGUUAAUGAAAUAUGUGACGAUGGGAUUAUUGUAGAAACAGAACCUACAGUAAUUGCUUCGAGAAUUGCACGACCUUCUUUUUCAGAUGUAAUUUCUCAUGUUGAUUUAAGUGAAAAAGGGUUGAUGAAUGCCUAUCAGAUAGCUAAAGAAAAGCUAACGGAACGUAUUUUGAAAGGAAAUAUGUAAACAGGAAUUUGUUCUUGGUAAAAAAUAUAAUUUAUAUAAAUUAUAUAAAGUUAUAUGAAACGUAAAUGAAAACGAAAUCCUAAUAACUUUUAUUUUUUGACUGUUUCAUCUCUAUGGUUUGUUAGAUCAUAUGUCCGAUUAUUAAGUUCAUACUUUUGUUCAGCAACAUUAAGCAUUAAGUUUUCUGCAUUUAAAAAUAUUCUAUUAUUACCCUCAGAAAGAAUGCGUGAAAUUUCUCUGGCUGCUUCAAUUUUUCUUAAUUCUAAAAAGCCUUUACUCUUUUUAAUAGCUUCGCCAAUAAGCUCAGCUGAUUUUGCUUCUCCUUGAGCUCUAACAAUGGCACCUUGCUAGAUAAUAUUAGAAAUAAAAAACGUUGGCAUUUGUAAACCUUUUCUUGACGGGCACGGUCAACUAAAUAUGCUGCUUUUUGUGUUUCCUGCUGUGCUACUUGUUUUGCCUCGACUGCUGCUGUAAACUCUGGUGAAAAUUGUACUAUUUAAAUUAAUAUAUUUUUGUAAUAUGAAAAGAAUAAUUCAAUAAACCAUGUGUUACUAUAAAAAUUAGUAUUAGUAAAUCAGAUAUCUUGA